ACGCCGGGCGCGCGCGGGGCGGCUCGCGGAGAACUGGUGAGCAGAAGAAUUGUUUUUAAUGAAAUAUCCAGCAUGUGCUGACAAACAAGUCAGAAAACCCAGCCAAAAGCUAAUGUCAUCUGAGUCACCCACAGACAGUCCAGAGGUCCCAAUGGAAAAUACCCCAUUCCCUGAAGUUCCUGAUGUGGAAGGAAAGGUGAAGUCAAAUGACAAUCCAGUAGAGAGAGUGGAGGCAGGCUCAGGCAAGGAAGAAUGCCUUGAGUCCAUGUCCAAGAGGCAAAGGAAGAAGCUGUUGAAGCAGAAGCAGUGGGAAGAACAGAAAGAUCUACGGAGGCAGAAACGAAAAGAAAAACGCCAGAAGAGAAAACUAGAACGUCAGUCAAAAUUGGAUUCCAGUAGUGAGGGGAAUGACAGAAAGUGCAUGCGCAGGGAAGUUGUUCCCAGCACGCUUCGCCUCAUCGUGGACUGCAGCUUUGAUGACCUGAUGGUGUUAAAGGAUGUUAAGAAGCUUCACAAGCAGAUUCAGAGAUGUUACGCAGAAAACCGCAAGGCAUUUCAUCCUGUGCAGUUUUACUUGACCAGCCAUGGGGGACAGCUGAAGACCAAUAUGAAUGAAAAUGACAAAGGAUGGGUGAAUUGGAAGGAUAUCCAAAUUAGAACAGAGCACUAUAGUGAGCUAAUAAAGAAAGAAGACCUAGUAUAUCUUACCUCAGAUUCCCCAGACCUUCUCAGAGAGCUUGAUGAGAAGAAAGCCUAUGUGAUUGGAGGACUGGUGGAUCACAAUCACCACAAGGGAAUUACUUACAGAAAAGCUAUAGAGCAGGGAAUUGGUCAUGCACAGCUCCCACUUGGAAACUUUGUCAAAAUGAACAGUCGGAAAGUGUUAGCUGUCAAUCAUGUGUUUGAGAUCAUCCUUGCAUACCUGGAGAAGAGAGACUGGAAAGAGGCCUUUUUCAGUGUCCUGCCACAGAGGAAGGGGGCUGUUCCUUUGGGAGAAGCCAAUGAUUCAUCCAAACAUGCUCUGUCUGGAAAAGAAGAUGAAGACAAUGACUCGGACAGCAGCUAGGCUUCAGAAUUGGAUGAUGGGAAAGACGAGACAUGCAGUUUGUGGAAUAAAACUGGGACAGGAAGGAGUUUUACUUCAAAGACGAUCUGCAGCCCUUGUAAAGCUGAAUUGUCUCAGUGCUCGGUAGUCCCAGAGCUGUUUCUGUGCAUGAAGGGUUAAGUUAAAUGCAGGUUUUACCCUGAAACUUCAAUAUAAUAGCUUUUUAAAAGAGAGGGAAAAAAAAAGAAAUUAAUGGAAAAUGCUGCAUUUUUUCCCAGGGAAGCUGGUUAAUUUAAUUUUUUAAAUAUUAUUUUUUUUAUACAUACCAAGUUGGAUGUAAAUUCCAAGAGCAUUAGUAGUUAAUAUUUUAAUGUAUGCAUUCUUGUUUCUAUUUCUGUUCAAAAGUUUUCUUAAAAGCAGUGAAUGACAAGUGCUCCUUUGGUUCCAAAACCUGUACCACCAGUGCCUGCUGCAAAGUGUGCAUGAACACUCAAAACAAAAAUUCUGAUUUUCCUGAGCAUCUCAACAGAGAAUCACAAGCAACUGAACUGCCUGAUUUAUAUAUUGUGUUUAGUUAGCUGGGGUCAGUAGGUGAAGUAUGAAUGUGGGGUUAAGCCAGUGCUUUAUACUUGAGCCUGAGAGGGAUGGGUGUUAGCACAGGUGCAAAUCCUGUGCCUUGGUAGGCACAUGGUGCACACUGAGGUGACUCAAUCACUUUUGAUUAUUCCUUCAUAUUCUCAGCAAAAUUUAUCACACAGCCUCAGAACAACACCAGGAGAGAGGAACUCUUCCUUACAGGUCACUCAGAUUCAGUAUUACUGUGUAAUCACAGGAUCCUGUAUGUAUUGUAUUGUCUAUCAAAUAUUUUUCCUUUAAAAAAAGGUCAUAAUCUUAGUCUUG